UCCACACCAGUGGAGCUUUCGCAAAGUUGGGCGAGAGUCCUGCCCUGCUCUACAAUCCUCUUGCAUCUCUGACAUGGAGGAAAUGCUGUCCUUCUGGGAUGUGGCCAUUGAGUUCUCUGCAGAAGAGAGGGAAUGCCUGAAGCCUGCUCAGUGGAAUUUGUACAGGGAUAUAAUGUUGGAGAAUUACAGCAACCUUGAUUUCCUGGGUCUUGCUGUCUCUAAGCCACAUCUGGUGACAUUUCUGGAGCAAACACAAGGGCCUGGGGAUCUGAAGAGACAAGCAACAGACACUGUGCACCCAGGAACAGCACCCAAUGACUGUAACAAUUACAGCAAGUCCAUUGAUUGUAAAUCCCUGCUUAUUCAACGCCAGAGAAUUCAUACAGGGAAGAAACUUUACAAGUGUGAAGAAUGUGGAAAGACCCUUAGUUCUCAAAAAACCCUAUCUAUACACCAGAGACUUCAUACUGGAGACAAACCCUACAUGUGUAAAGGAUGUCUUAAGACCUUUAAUACUCGCUCAUCACUUUUUAUACACCAGAAAACUCAUACUGAUGAAAAAUCCUACAAGUGUGAAAAAUGUGGCAGAGCAUUUUACUAUCCUCCACUCCUGAAGCAACAUCAAAGAAUUCAUUCUGGAGAGAAGCCAUACAAGUGUGAAGAAUGUGGCAAAGCAUUUUAUUUUCCUUCAUACCUUAAGCAACAUCAACGAAUUCAUUGGGGAAACAAUCCCUACAAGUGUGAAGAAUGUGGAAAAAGGUUUUUUUGUUCUUUACGUCUUCAAGUCCAUCAAAUAAUCCAUACUGGAGAGAAAUUGUACAAGUGUGAAGAAUGUCACAAAGCCUUUCGUUAUCACUCAUCCUUUUGGAGACAUAUGAGAGGUCAUAUUGCAGAGAAAUCCUACCAGUGUGAACUGAGUGGAAAAGGAUUUACUAAGCCUGCUUUCCUCAUUGGGAACAGGGCAGCUCUUACUACAAGGAAACCCUACAAGUGUGAGGAGUGUGGCAAGUGUUUUUGCUCACCUUCAUCGCUUAAACGACAUCAAACAAUCCACUCUGAAGACAAUCCCUACAAGUGUGCAGAGUGUGGCAAAAGAUUUUCCUACUUUGCACACCUUCAAGAACAUCAGACGGUCCAUACUGGAGAGAAACCAUACAAGUGUGAGGAGUGUGGCAAAUGUUUUUCCUCAUCUUCAUCCCUUAGACGACAUCAAUCAAUCCAUUCUGAAGAUAGUCCCUAUAAGUGUUCAGAGUGUGGUAAAUGGUUUUCCUGUUCUAGGAGUCUUCGGGAACAUCAAGCAAUUCAUACUGGAGAGAAACCAUACAAGUGUGAAGAAUGUCACAAAGCCUUUCGUAAAUACUCAGCCCUUUGGAAACACAAGAGAGUCCAUAAUGCAGAGAAAUCCUACCAGUGUAAAAAAUGUGGAAGAUGUUUUGCCUCAUCAUCAUCCCUUAGACGACAUCAAUCAAUUCACUCUGAAGACUAUCCCUACAAGUGUGAGGAAUGUGGCAGAUGUUUUUAUUCAUACUUGUUUUUUAGACGACAUCAAACAAUUCACUCUGAAGACAGUCCAUAUAAGUGUGUAGAAUGUGACAAACGGUUUUCUUGUUCUAGGAGUCUUCGGGGACAUCAAGCAAUUCAUACUGGAGAAAAACCAUACAAGUGUAAAGAAUGUCAUGAAGCAUUUCGUAAUAGCUCAUCCCUUUGGAGACACAAGAGAGUUCAUACUUCAGUAAAAUCCUAAGAGUGUGGCAAAUGUUUUUCUUCAUCUUCAUGCCUUAGACAAUACCAAACUUUCCAUUCUUAAGACAAUCCAUCCAAGUGUGCAGAGUGUAGAAAAUGUUUUCCUACUUUGCAUACCUUCAGGUACAUCAGACAGUCCAUACUGUAAAGAAACCAUCAAAUGUUAAGAGUUGACAAAUGUUUUUGCUUAUCUUCAUCCCUUAGGCAAUGAGAGAGAGAGAGAGAGAGAGAGAGAGAGAGAGAGAAUAAUUCAUUCUGAAGAUAGUCCCUUAAAGUGCAGGUAAUGUGGCAGACUGUUAAACACAUGAUAAUUUAUACUGGAGAGAUAUUCUACAAGUUUCUUAAAAAGUUCAGACUUCUUCAGUCCUUAAAACACAUCAAAUUCAUUCUGACUCCAUGAGUGUAUGGAUUGUGAAAUCUUUGACAAGCAUUCAGAUCUUAUGUAACUCAAAUGAAUCCAUAUUGCAUAGUAUUAAGUUAAUUAUUUUGAAUGUCAACAUUAACAUCUAACUUCCAACAGCAUAAAUAUCAUCAGAGAACAGUAGACACUUCUGUUUGCUCUAACCUCCCAACCAGUUUGUUCAAGCAAUGUGCUUGAAAUUUGCCUUAAUAAAUGAGUCACUUUCUUCUAUAACUAUAAAUGUCCCAUGAAAUCUUUACCAUGAAACAUUUUGUAACCUUCCCCACUGGGUGCCCUGAAUCUGAGAUCUGGGCUGUGGUAUUUACUAUUAUUUUUCCCUGUGGUGUCACCCAAGAACCUGUAAUAACAUCUCCCCUGGGUAAAGAAUGUAAGAAUCUCCAUGAAUUCAUAUUUCUCACCAAGUUGGAGUAUGGUGAAAUGGUCUAAAUUGGUAACAAUCUGGACUGAAUGGGCAUUAGUCUUUUUCUCCCCAGGAAAUGCUAACACAACACAUUUUCAGUUAUAUUUGGUUCCAGAAUAAGGAAUAUCUUAUUUCCUCUCAGUUCAGAACAGUGUUUCUCAUAUGACUCCAACUGUCAUGUCACAGAAACCUUGACCCAUAUUGAAAUAAGGACCCGAGUCAAUUACACUCAGCAGAAAGGAUGUAUUGGUUAGUGGAUAUGUUAUCAUCAAGUAUGAAACACUGUGGGUGCAGGUCUUACUUUACUUGAUACAGAUGCAAAAACGUCAUCUCAAUUUCAUGUUUACUAAUUUACGGUAAACUCUUAAUAUAGGGUAAAUAACACCUAAACAGUAACAAUCACUGAUUUACAAAUGAUUAAAUAUCUCUACUGUACCCAGAAUUGAGUUUCUAGUUAUGCUAAGUUGUGGUGAUAUUGUGUGUGCUCUAACAAAUAAAGCUUGCC